CCCCCGCGUACGUGGCUUCGCCCCCGCGCACCGACGCAGUCCGCCCGACCCUUGCUCUUCCGCGCUGCAGAUGGUGCUUCCAGGGAGAGCCAUGGCUACUUUCCGCUUGGCCCUCAUCCAGCUUCAAGUUUCUUCCAUCAAAUCAGAUAAUGUCAUUCGAGCUUGUAGCCUUGUCAGGGAGGCAGCAAAGCAAGGAGCCAAAAUAGUUUCUCUGCCAGAAUGCUUUAAUUCUCCAUAUGGCACAAAAUAUUUUCCUGAAUAUGCGGAGAAAAUUCCUGGUGAAUCCACACAGAAGCUUUCUGAAGUAGCAAAGGAGUGCAGCAUAUAUCUCAUUGGAGGCUCCAUCCCUGAAGAGGAUGCUGGGAAGUUAUAUAACACCUGUGCUGUCUUUGGGCCUGAUGGAACUUUACUAGUAAAGCACAGAAAAAUCCAUCUGUUUGACAUUGAUGUUCCUGGAAAAAUUACAUUUCAAGAAUCUAAAACAUUGAGUCCUGGUGAUAAUUUCUCCACAUUUGAUACUCCUUAUUGCAGAGUGGGCCUGGGCAUCUGCUAUGACAUCCGCUUUGCAGAACUUGCACAAGUGUAUGCACAGAGAGGUUGCCAGCUGUUGGUGUAUCCUGGGGCUUUCAAUUUGACCACUGGACCAGCCCACUGGGAAUUGCUUCAGCGAGGCCGGGCUGUUGAUAAUCAGAUAUAUGUGGCUACAGCCUCUCCUGCCCGGGAUGAUAACGCCUCCUAUGUUGCCUGGGGACACAGCACUGUCGUGAACCCUUGGGGGGAGGUCCUAGCCAAAGCUGGCACUGAAGAAAUGAUCCUGUAUUCAGACAUAGACCUGAAGAAGUUGGCUGAAAUACGCCAGCAAAUCCCCAUUUUUAAACAGAAGCGAUCAGACCUCUAUGCAGUGGAGACCAAAAAGCCCUAAAGUUUGUUUCCAACAUCUCACAAAACAGGAAGAUACAAAUGUUUCUGUAGCAUAGCUUCUGUUGAUUCUUGUUUUGUAGGGGUGCUGAAGAUUGAACCAAGACUCACGCAUACUACCACUGAGCUACAUGCAUAGGCUCCCAUUGAAUUCUUUAAUGGUUUUUUAAAUAAAUUUCAGCCUUUUCCUCCUGGGAGAGCUGUCUGUUGAGAUGAUAAAGCCAUCUUGAAUAGUUAGAAAGGACACAGACUGGCAUCAAAGAGCAGAAAGCGGGGGCCAUGAAGAUUCUUUCCUUAAGAUACCGAA